AUGCACAACUUCGUCUUCGCUCAGAUCCUCUUGGCGGUCUCCGUCUUCGCCAACGGCGCUUUCGCCGGGGCAAUCGAGGCCCCCGGCCCGGCCGUCGUCGUCCGCCAGACUACGCCGACCACCCAGUCGACCAUUGUGUCGUGCGGCGAGUACUCCCGCAUCGCCAACCUCUCUACCGUUGGCGCCAACAGCACCUACCGUGCGACCUUCUUCGUGGCCUCGCCCAACGGCAACCAAUUCAACGCCGAGGUUCUCGACACCGCCAUCGCCAAGCUGCCCUCCCUCAUCAUGGACAGGGCUCUCAACGAGGCUUGCGGAAACCUGACCGCCCUCGCUAUCCAAGAGGCUGCCAACAACUUCACGAUUCGGACCGUGCUUCAGUUCUCCAACAUCCCGCCCGCGGCGCCCCUCGACACUUCGGUGCACAUCAUUGUUUGCUGCGCGGCCGCUCUGAUCUUCAUGGGCGGUACAUGGUUGGCCAUGCCGUAA